AUGAGCCCACUAAUGGCAUUAUUUGAGUUAAUAGAAAAGGCCAAUUUCUACUCAUCUAGAAAUUACACUGAAGCUGCAAUUCUUGCUGCUAAUUCACCACAUAUCCAUUGCAGUGAUUAUGUACGACCAUUUGAUUUAACAUUAGUGCUAUCUAUUUACCUUCGUGCCAAUAUUUCUAUUAAGGGAAAAAAGGUUGGAUUCCAACCAGAUUAUUCUUCUCUUUUACAAAAAAUUAUGAGAAUGAAUCCUGACAAAGAUGCAGAAUUGGCUACUGCAUUAACAAACGAUGAAAAUGGACCUUUGGUUGAUAUUGAAAAACCAGAACAUGGACAUCUUCAAACUCAUUUACUUGAAAUAAAUUUAUUACAUGCUCCUCAAGUAGCAGAUGCUAUUCUUGGCAACAAUAUGUUUACUCAUUAUGAUAAACCUACAAUUGCACAUCUAUGUGAAAAAACUGGAUCAUUUCAAAGGGCUUUAGAACUUUAUGGUGAUGUCAGUGAUAUUAAACUUGACAAUUCACUUGAUUGUUUAAAAGAAAUGCUCAAAGCCAAUAUUAGACAAAAUUUACAAAUAGUAAUACAAAUUGCUACAAAAUAUUCAGAACAAUUACGACCAUCAAAUUUGAUUCAAUUAUUUGAAUCUCUCAUGCGAGGCACUGAUCCUGAUGUGCAUUUUAAAUACAUUCAGGCAACUGUUAAAACAGGACAGAAUAAAGAAGAAGUUAAAUUGCAAGAUCAACUCCCAUUGAUUAUUGUCUGUGAUAGAUUUGAUUAUGUGCAUGAUUUAGUUUUAUAUUUGUAUCAACAAAAUUUAACAAAAUAUAUUAAAGUAUAUGUCCAAAAAAUUAAUUCACCACGUACUCCAGCUGUCAUUGGUGGUUUAUUGGAUGUUGAUUGUGAUGGAAAUACUAUAAAAAAUUUAUUGAUGUCAGUUACUGGGACUGUUCCUAUUGAUCAACUUAUUCAAGAAGUUGAAAAAAGAAAUCGUCUUAAAUUGUUAUUACCAUGGUUGGAGUUACAUGCUAAAGAAGGAAAUCAAGAUCCUGAACUUUACAAUGCUUUGGCUAAAAUUCAUAUUGAUAAUAAUGUUGAUCCAGAAAAAUUUCUUCGAGAGGAUACACAUUAUGAUUCAAUGGUUGUUGGAAAAUACUGUGAAAAACGUGAUCCUCAUCUUGCUUUCGUUGCUUAUCAACAUGAACAAUGUGAUUUUGAACUUGUUAGGGUAACAAAUGAAAAUAUUAUGUUUAAACAUCAAGCUUGUUAUUUGGUGAAACGUCGUGAUCCUCAACUUUGGGCACAUGUGUUAGAUGGUAACAAUAUGCAUCGUACUAGUUUAACUGAACAGGUCAAUGCUGUUGUUUUGUCAGAAACUACCGAUCCAGAAGAUGUUUCUGCCACAGUGAAAGCUUUAUGGCUGCAGAUUUACAAUUGGAGCUUAUGGGAUUAUUAA